AUGAGUCUCGUCUCGAAAGUUGCGAGUCUGUAUCAGAAGUCGGUCAGCAAGACGCUCGGCAUGUACGGCCUUAAGUACGACGACGCGCUCGUCGACACGGCCGCGGUACAGACUGCAAUGCACUGGGUCAAGGGCGAGGACUAUCAGGCGCGGACCAAGCGCAUCGCCCGCGCGGCGGACUGUUCGCUCAAGCGCAGCUACUUACCGGACGAGAUUCAGGCUAUUCAGCGUCCACUGGACUUUUACUUGUCGGAGAAGGUCAUUGAGGCCGAGACGCUGGCACACGAGCGCGCGGAGCUCACGCGGUGGUAG